AUGAAUGAUAAUAAGAAUGUGGAUGAAUCAAUAAAUGAAGAUAACAAUAAUGAUAAUAAUAAUAAUAAUAAUAAUAAUAUUGAUGUAUCUAUAAAUGAUAACAUACAUAAUAAUCCAAGUAAUAUAGAAGGUGUAAAAAAUUUGAAUCAUAAUACAAUACAAUAUAAAGAAGAAAAAAAUAGAGAUUCUAAUGAUUCCUUUUUUAUGAAUAAUAAAAGAUCUUUAAUUUGUUCACAUGAUGAUGUAAUGAUAAAAAAUGAAAAAAAACAAAGAAAGUAUAAAGUAGAAGAAAGUGAAGAAACGGAAAGAAAUGGUUUUAUAUGUAAAGAAGAAAAAGAUAUAGAAGUGGAAAAAAAAAUAAAAAAAGAAUGUAAUAAUAAUAUUAAAUAUGAUAAUUUUAUAUUGUAUUGUAAAAAUUAUGAUAAUAUAUUUGAUGAUAUUAAUAAUGAUACUAAUUCAAAUACGACAAAUAAUAACACACAUGGAUUAUAUAAAAAUUAUUGUCAUGUAAAAAAUGAACCAUCUGCAGAUAAUUAUAAUGUAAGAAGUAAUGAAGAUAUUCAUAAGGAUAUGUUAGACAAAUCACAAUAUAAUAAUGAAAAGAAUAUAUAUAAUAAUGAAAAGAAUAUAUAUAAUAAUGAAAAGAAUAUAUAUAAUAAUGAAAAGAAUAUAUAUAAUAAUGAUGAUAAUAUAUAUAAUAAUGAUGAUAAUAAUGAUUAUGAUAAAUAUUGUGGAACACAAGGUAAGUCAUAUACAGACAUGCCCAAUUUAAAUACAAAGGAUAUAUCAAAUAUAUCAGAGGUUGGAAAAGAAAAAGAUGAACUAGAAGAUAAUUAUAAUGAUGAAAAAAAGAAUGAAUUAUUUGAAGAACAUAGUUUUGUGUAUCCAUCUAUUUAUGAUAUAUAUCCUGAUGAAUGGUUUCGAGCCAAUAAAUAUGAUGAUUGGCUAGUACAUAAAUUAUGUAAAUGGUUAUAUAAUAUUAAUGAUAAACUUUAUUUUAAUAUUGAUAAGCAAGAAAUAUAUCAUGUAGUAGAAAACGAAUUUGUAAGAAUAGAGGAUUCAAAACAAUUAUGUGUAAAUAAUAAAUCAAAUGCUGAAGGAUAUAAUUCAAGAAGGUCAUUACAAAAUAAAAGUAGAGGAAUAAUGGGCGAUAAUCAGGAUAAUAUAUUUAAUAAUAAUGAUGACGAUACUGACAGUGAUAUGGAUUAUGAAAUAAAUGAUGAUACGAAUUUAUACAACAACAACAACAAUAAUAAUAAUAAUACAUAUAAUUGUGAGGAUAUUUUUGGUAGUCAUGAUAAUAUGAUAGAAAGAAAUGCUUUGCGAGAUGAUGAUCUGAAUCAUAAAAAUAAUAUUAAUAUAGAUUAUAACAACAACGACAGUGAUGAUUUAAAUGGUGAUAAUGAUGAUGAUAAUUAUAUAUAUGAUAAUAAUAAUAAUAAUAAUAAUAAUAAUAGUGAUAUUUUUAAUAAUAGUAAUAAUGUGAUACAUACCAUUGAUAGACCUAGAGAUGUAGAUAGUUCUAAAACAUUAAAUAAAAAACAAUCGAAUGAAGAAUCCUUUGAAGAAUUUAGUAUGGUAUUAGAAGAUGACUUAGUAGGAGGAACGUUUAGUAAGGUUGGAGAACAUAAUAAAAGAGAGAAUGAAGAUUUUUAUAUAACUAAAGAUAUAUUAGAUUUAAAUAAUGUUUCUGAUAGUCAAGGUUUAUGUUUUUAUAGUGGUAUUUUUGAUGGACAUGGUGGUUCUAACUGUGCACGUUAUGUUAUGAAUCACUUAAAAACAAAUGUAAUAGCAAAAUUUAGACAGUCCUUUUUAAUAACAUGUAAAAAAAAAUUUAAAGAGAAAGGAUCUAAAUUAAAUGAAUUAAGUGUUGAAUUAAGAGCAUUAUAUGAUAGUUGUAUAAAAGGUUUUGAUAUGACUGAUAAAAAUUAUAUUGAAUUGUCCAAAAAAUUUAAUUAUAAAGAUGGAUCUACAGCAUGUGUUGUCUUAAUAUAUGGUCCAGAUGAUGAUGGAUCUUUAAAAGUAUUAUGUGCGAAUUGUGGAGAUUCAGGGGCUUUCAUAUGUCAUAAUAAGAAACCUAUAAAAUUAUCUUUGAGACAUAAACCUGAUUUACAAGAAGAGAGAAUAAGGAUAUUAAAAUGUGGUGGAAUAAUAGCAAACAUUAAUGGUAUUAAUAGAAUAAUAACAAAACAUAAGGAUAUAAAUAAUUUAAAUGAUAAUAAUAAUAAUAAUAAAAGUAAAGAUAAGACAUUUCUUGCUUUAUCUACAUCACGAUCGUUUGGAGAUAUAUCAUAUAAAAUACCUAGAAAAAUUGUUCAAUGUAAACCUUUUAUAAGUGUAUAUACUAUAGAUUUUGAUUUAGAUUCUUUUCUUGUACUAGCAACAGAUGGAGUAUUAAAUGUAUUAACUGAUGAAGAAAUUAUAGAUAUUAUAUGGAAAAACAUACAUAGAAAACCUGAACAAGCAGCUGAAGAAGUAGUCAAAGAAGCAACACGAAGAGGUUCAACUGAUGAUAAAACAUGUACUGUUAUUUUUUUUUAUUGGAGAAAGGAUAUUUUUAAUACACAACCUCAAGAUGUUAAUGUUAAUGACUUGAAUAAUGAAGAAGACAAAGGAGAGGAUAUAAAUAUGUUUUCUUCAAUUUUUUGA